AUGGAGGAACUGCGGCGGGAGCAGCACCGCAUCGCCGGCCACCCCUACGCCUUCGAGGUGGGGUCCUACUUCCUGGCGGGGUACUACAGCGUCCUGGCCAGCACCCCGGAGCUGGCGCGGCAGUUCUACACGGACGGCAGCACCGUCGUGAGGGUCGACUGCCAGACCAUGGAGUCCCAGUUCGGGGAGACGGCCGAGGAAAUCAAUGAUAUAUUGAUGUCCAUGAAUGUUCAAAAGGUUGAGAUUAAAACGGCUAAUUUCUUGGAAUCAUGGGCUGGAGCCAUCACUCUGUUGGUUACUGGCCUAGUGCAAUUGAAAGGCUACCCUUUACGCAAGAGAUUCUCCCAGAGUAUCAUUCUUGCUCCUCAGGUCAAACCAGAUGGAUUUUUUGUAGACAGUGACAUCUUUCAGCUCAUCUGUGACGAGUAUGAUGAUCAUUACCAAGUUGCUGAUUACGGUUAUGCUAACCAAUUUCCACAGAUGGUUGCUCAUAAUACCAUGACCGAAACAGCAUCUGAUUAUGUGGCUGAAGAACUUGAAUUAAAGGGGUUUGCAGCUCCUGCUGAUACCGACGAAAGGGCUAAUGGUAUUAUAUAUGAGAAUCAUGAAAUGCAGCAGCAAGAUCCUUUGGAAUUUGAGUCUGCAGUCAACGGAGAAACUCAUUUUGAAGAUCCUGCUCCCUCCCUCCCUAGUUCGACAGACAUUAAACAGGAUGCAUCUGCUCCUCCCCACCCUCCUUCCCCACCUACACCUGAAGAAGAGCCUGUGGGAGAACCGCCUAAGCAAACAUAUGCUUCAGUGCUGCGAGCAAAUGCUGGUCAGGUUAUCCACUCCACUCCGGUUAACAGGGCUAUGACAGGGACCACAGAAUCACAGCUGGUUGGACAAACUCAGCCUGUGCCAGUGCAAGAAAAAUCAAACUUGGGCACUCGUCUGGAUGUCAGUGUCCCUGAGGAUGAAGAAGAGUUCCUAUCAGUAUAUGUUGGUAAUCUUUCUCCAGCUACUUCAGUCUUCGAUCUUGAGAAGGUCUUUCAGGCUUUUGGAAGAAUUAAACCUGAUGGAGUUGCUAUACGUAGUCGCAAGGAGGCUGGAGUUUUCUUUGGAUUUGUUGAGUAUGAAAACAUGAGUGGCAUCCAGAAUGCGUUGGAUUCAUCUCCAAUAGAGUUGAAUGGGCGUCUAGUACAUGUUGAGGAGAGGAGGCCUGGCAGUGGAGUCUUUCGCGGGGUCAAUAUGGUGGGCGCUACGACGGGGAUUACGCUGCACGGUCAAAGGGAAAUGGUUACCAAAGGAGGGGCGGGCACCAAUACGACGGCUACGACUAGUCUCACAUUUGCUCUGCUGGCGAAUGGUCGCAUCCCAUUUGGUGCUCUUGAUCUGGUGCGGCCUGGCCAUAUUUUUGUCACAACAAAGCGCGAUUACCUGGAGAACUUGCGUUUUGCUUAG